UCAUUCUCCUCGUUUCUCUCUAGGGCAGCUUCUCUCAGAUUCAGAAGUAGCCCUCGUUUCGGAAAUGGCAGCGGUUUACAGCCAUCAUCAACAAAUCAGGCGGCUUGAUCUUCUACAAGGACUAUCGAUCGGCGGGACGGACACCAAUGACAGCUUGAGGUUGCGAGCUUGUGGCAUUCAAUGCACGCCUCCCAGCAGUUGUCCCCGGUUUCCGGUUGCUCUGGCAUUGCGCUUCUCGAAGCUGAUACCUUUGAUCUCCACUACUUCCAGUCACUUCCGCUUAAAUCCCCGGUACUCCUUCAACUCGAAACUCGGCCUCCUCGGCCCUCUGGUCUGCUUCGUUCCCAAAAUCCAUCAACGCCACCCUGUCAUGAUCAUACAACGGACACUACUUCUCCAGCUUGUGGCACUGGCCCACCAGAUGUUCACACUCCACCGCAAACGUCCGACGAGGAGCACCAGUUCGAAUCCAAGGCCGACGUUGGAGCCUCCAAGACUAUCCUCAGCAAGCUGCUACCAUCCUCAGGAACGGCUACAUCGUCAUCAAGGCCUGCCCUUGCAAGAUUUUUGAAGUCUCCCGGAGCAUUAUUCUUUCUCUAGCAGCCUUCAAUUUUUGCCUCUGAAAAUCAAGCUCUUUGCAGAAUUCAUCUCUAGUUCAAGUGCAGAAACUUUAGCCCAUGCUUCUUCUCGAGCUGCCUAUUUCUCACUGUCAAGCUCUUUCUUCAGCCCUUUUACCUCAUUUUCAAAUUCUUCCACUCUUUUUUUUCCGACUUUCAGAGGUUGACUGCUCU